AUGUCAACCGAUCAAAAGAAACUAUGUCAAAGAUGUAAACGAUAUUUUAUAUUAUCAGAUUUAUUUAAUCAUGUUUGCGAAGAUGAAGAUGGAGAUGUUAAUAAUGUGACAAUAAAAAAACAUGAAAAUGAAUCUUAUAAUAAUAGAAACAUUAAAGUACCAUUAGAUAAAUUGUCUUCUACUGAUAAUAAAUCAUUUAAUAAACAAUCAACAUCAUCUUUAUUCAAUAACGAUCAAGAAAAUGAGCAUACAAAAUAUGAAUUUGAUCCAUCAACACUCUUUUCCUCAUCACAAAACCAUUAUCAUUCCAACGAUUCGCCAACACCUUCGGCUGCAUCAUCUCGUUUAUCAUCAUCAUCUCGUUUGUCAACAUCAUCGGGUGGUAAUAAAUUUUCAGAUUUUACAAAAUAUCAACCACAAAAUAUGACAAAAUUAAAUCGACGUUCAUCAUUCAAUCCUACUAGAACGCCAACACCGACAACAACAGGAAGACAAACAUCGCGUAUGAAUAUUUCAAGUACGAAACAUGAUAACUCUUAUUCACGUAAUAAUGGUACAAAACUUUCGUCAACUGUAAAUCAUAAAAAUGAACCUGUAUAUCAUAUUCCCGUAAUGUUAAAACGGUCUCGUUCUCCAUUUCAUUCAACUGGACGGCCAUCAAUGACAAAUACACGAACUGCAACGCCCACACCUUCUCCAGCAACUUCGACAUCUCGUUUUUCGUAUUCAAAAGUUGAUCCAUUUCCACCAGGAGUAACCCGUGUAUCAAAUUAUGCCGAACCACGAACGACAACUUCUCCAAGAGCAAGUUCAGUUGCCUACGUUUACAUUCGAAAUCCAUCAGCAGUACGAGCCUAG